GAAGGCCAAAGUAGCGGAAGUAGUGUGAGUGUUUCCGGGUCGCACACUUAGCAGGUCAGCUAAGUGGAAAUGAAGACACAAACACGGCGUACUUUUCUUUAGUCUUCUUCGACUCCAUCUGUAGAACAUGUCCACAUUGCAGGAUGCUCAACAUGAAUCCAGACGGCGGCUCGCGGACCUCUGAUUGGACGUUUGGAGACAUCCGGAUAUGAAAAGGAGCAAAGUGCUGGAUGUUGUUUUAAAGGCCGACAUGGAGCUGCGGAGAGAAGCAGGUGCUCCUUCCAGCCAGAUCCAGUAGGCCCAGAAGAGAAUGGAGCCAGAGGAGGCCCACGUUGGAGCCGGUCCACCGGUGGUCUGCUGGAGACCCCCCUGGGAGGCGAGACCUCCACCACACCUGUCUGAUUACGCUGUCGGCUCCCUCCUCGUGGUCGACCCACAGCCAGUUUUACCUUCAGAUGUACGAAGAGUGAUCAUUGGUGAAGAAGUGCAGCCGGACUGGAGCUCCAGUCUGGACCAGGAGGACCCAGAACCCCUACACAUUAAAGAGGACCCGGAGGAUCCAGAGCCCCAACACAUUAAAGGGGACCAGGAGGACCCAGAACCCCCACACAUUAAAGAGGACCCGGAGGAUCCAGAGCCCCAACACAUUAAAGGGGACCAGGAGGACCCAGAACCCCCACACAUUAAAGAGGACCAGGAGGACCCAGAGCCCCCACACAUUAAAGAGGAACAGGAGGAACUCUGGACCAGUCAGGAUGGAGAGCAGCUUCAAGGUCUGGAGGAGGCUGGUAUCAAGUUCUCAUUCACUACUGUGAAGAGUGAAGAUGAUGAAGAGGAAGCUCAGUCCUCUCAUCUUCAUCAAAGACUAACUGAACACAUGGAAACAGAAGCUGAUGGAGAGGACUGUGGAGGACCAGAACCAGACAGGAACUCAGAUCCAGUUAGACAUGCAGAACCAGAUAAAGAGACUGAACCGUAUUCUGAACCUGACGACAGUGUUGACGUUGAGUUUUGGAAAGAGACCAGGAAACAUCAGUCAGGGUUUACUUACCAGAGAAAUAAAAAGGUCUCUGUAAAUGAUGGACUUAAUAGCAAGAAACCAUUCAGCUGCUCUGAUGACACGACUGAAAGUGAACCCAAGACUGAUGACAGAGUGGAUGGGGAUCCACCUCCAUCAGGUCCAAAGCAUCUGAACGGUGAGGAGGUCUCUGUCAGAGAUACAGGACUUAACACUGACAUGAAACCGUUCAGCUCCUCUGAGUGUCAGGAAAGAUCUGAAGACCGUCUCACUCUGCUGACACACAAGGGCCCUCCCACAGAGGAGAAACCAUUCCGCUGCUCACUGUGUGGUCAAAUAUUUAACAAGCAGGAAAGCUUCCAUUCUCACAUGACACAUCACUUAGGGGAGAAACCGUUCCGCUGCUCAGUGUGUAACUCAGACUGCAGUGACAGCGAGUCUUUAGUUCAACACAUGAGGAUCCACUCGAGACAAACACGGUUCAGAUGCCAAAUUUGUGGUAAAGAGUUUGCAUGGAGGAGAUAUCUGACUAAACAUAUGGAAGUCCACACAAAGAAGAAACUCUACACCUGCAGAGAUUGUGACCAAAGAUUCACCUGGUAUAACACACUCAGAAACCAUAGAUGUGUUGGUCAUCAGACUGAAGAGAACCGAGAGGCAGAACCUUCAGCCAGCAGUUUAACUGAACACAUGAAGACAGACGCUGAUGGAGAGGACUGUGGAGGACCAGAACCAGACAGGAACUCAGAUCCAGAACCAGACCCUGAUGAGACUGGAGACUCUUCUGAACUAGAAACUGAUUACAGUGAUGACUGGAAGGAGACCAGAGAACCUCAGUCAGGUUUAAACUCUCUUAACAAUGAGGACGUUUCCAGUGAGAAACCAUUUAGUUGCUGUGAGUGUGGGAAAAGAUUUAGCCACAAAGGAAAUCUGAAUAGACAUGCGAGAACUCACACAGGGAAAAAACCGUUGAGCUGCUCAGUGUGCGGGAAAGCUUUUAACGUUCGGUCUUCUCUGAAGGUCCACAUGAGAUGUCACACAGGAGAGAAACCAUAUAAUUGUUCCGUUUGUAAGAAAUCUUUCACACAGAGAGGAAGUUUACAGACUCACAUGGGAAUCCACACUGGAGAGAAACCGUUCAGCUGCUCAGUGUGUGAAAAAAGAUUUCUAACCAAAGCACAACUGAAGAACCACACGAUGAACCACACCGGACAGAAAAGAUUCUCCUGCAGUGUUUGUGGCCAAGGAUUCACCUGGAACGACCAGCUCCGAAAGCAUCGGUGUGUCGGCCAUCCGUCUGAGACCAGGGAGGAGGAGAUAACUAUAUAACUAUGAUACUUCAUAACUCUUUGAUGACAUUACAAUGAAUACACAGAGGGACUUCCGUCUGGAUUCAUGAAAAGCUUGUGAUGCCAUCAAUCAUGAAACAUUGUUAUGAGGUUCAGCACUUGAAUGGUUACGAGAGCUUUUUUUUAAUGUCCAAUCAGUAUUGAUGUAUUGAUUAGAAGGGUUCCGUUACCUUGUGAGAAAUCAAAAGUACUGUAAGCACGUUUGCCUUUGAAUACUUUAUUACAGGAUGAGAUCUAGAAAGACUAUAACGAGUCAACAAGUCAUCAAACAUGAGCCCAAGUACAAACAGUAGUCAUGACGGUUCUGACUCUAGCAGGACGGUCAGAAGGUUCUGACAGGACGGUCAGAAGGUUCUGACUCUAGCAGGACGGUCAGAAGGUUCUGACAGGACGGUCAGAAGGUUCUGACUCUAGCAGGACGGUCAGAAGGUUCUGACUCUAGCAGGACGGUCAGAAGGUUCUGACAGGACGGUCAGAAGGUUCUGACUCUAGCAGGACGGUCAGAAGGUUCUGACUCUAGCAGGACGGUCAGAAGGUUCUGACAGGACGGUCAGAAGGUUCUGACAGGACGGUCAGAAGGUUCUGACUCUAGCAGGACGGUCAGAAGGUUCUGACUCUAGCAGGACGGUCAGAAGGUUCUGACAGGACGGUCAGAAGGUUCUGACAGGACGGUCAGAAGGUUCUGACUCUAGCAGGACGGUCAGAAGGUUCUGACUCUAGCAGGACGGUCAGAAGGUUCUGCUGUUGUCCAGUUACUUCUAACCCGUCACAGAAGCUCACCUAGAAGAACAGCUGUGUUCAAGGAGCUGAGCGCUGUAAGAACAACGCUUCCUGUCACUCUACCGUAGUUGACCCAGGACAUGUCAGUCAUCAUUAGUGCCCCGUGAACAUCAUUGUUCUUCAGGCCCACAUGAACACAUAUUCCUAGGAUACUUAUAGGUCAUAGGUCAUUUGUCCCCCGACAUUGUGCAACACGUUCUUUAAGGGUGUUGAUGACGGUUGUCCCAACUUGACCUUAACGAGACAACACAACCAGUCCAUUUUCUUUGUUAUAUAUAUUUAAUGAGUUUCUAUCACCACCGACUAUUUCUGUCUUAUUUCUGUGCAUAAUAAAAAUAAAGAACUUGAGCCUA